AUGGGGUUUCUACCACAAGUUCUCCACUUCAAAGUGGCGAUGUAUUUCUCUGUUUGUAUCGGCUUGUGGCCUUUGAUCACCACAAAAAACAAAACAGUUCGGAAGCUGUACGAAAUAAUGUCGAAAUUGCAUUACAUUUAUUUUAAUCUUUUCUGUUUUACUCAACUGGUACAAUUGGUCGUGCUGUUAAUGGAGGACCAAGUGAACUAUACAGAGGUCGUCAAUAAUUUAUGCAUAUUAUUCAUUUAUUUUAACUCAGCAUUGCGUUGCAAAUCGAUCAAGGGCAAAGCGAUAAGGAACGUCAUCAAAGAUGUAGGCAAAUCCGAGAAAAAAUUAUGGGAGAGUAUGGAUGAAAACCUGAAAAAAAUUUACAAUGAAAAUGUCAAAAGGAACAACUUAUUUUGUAAGAUCUUCGCUGGGAAUACGUUGCUAACAAACGUCGGAUACGCCAUCUGGCCUUUGUUCAUGGAAAAACAAACAGUGGAGAUCAACAACACCACCAUGGAAGUCAAAUACCUUCCUAUAUCCGCUUGGAUGCCCUUCGACGUGCAAAAGCAUUACGUCAGCGCUUAUCUAUUGUUGCUGUUCAAUUGCAACUACUUAUGCACUAUGUUCUUCAUAUCCACGGAAGCUCUAGCCUUCGGUCUGAUGACUUAUCCCUUGGGACAAAUCCACAUGCUGAAUCACAUCCUGAGGAACUUUAGGAAGUACAAGGAUUCGUUGCAGAGGAGUAUGAAUUUGAAGGAGGAAGCGGCGAGCGAGACUCAGUUGCGUGAAUGCAUCGUGAAGCACCAGGAUAUCAUAAAAUAUGUGGAUAUAUUCAACGCCGAAAUGAAACAUACCUAUCUGUUGGACUUUUUGCAAUGUUCUCUUCAACUGACUUGCGUGCUGUAUAGGUUCAUGAGUCUAGCUGUGUCAGAUGAGCUCUACAGUAUGGAGUGGUUGGAUGAAACCCAGAAGGUAAAGAAAAUGAUAUUAUUUAUGAUAAUGCGUGGGCAGCGCCCCCUUAUACUGUUUAUUGGGAUCUUCAAAGCCAUGUCCCUUGAAGUUUUUGUCACUCCGAUUGUUGGGCCGCUCAUGUGGAAGAGGCACGACUUGAGGCCCGUUCGUCGCGCCGUCGGCGUUUAUGGGGCUGCGUCGCCGCAUAUAAAGGCCGUAAUUAAACAUCCCUAG